AUGUUUUGCACUCUGUGGACCCUUGGGGCCCCUCCUGUCUCUCGUAGCUUGCCCCAUGCCUCACCGUCUGCUGGUGUGCAAGAUGGAGUCCCAGAGUCACCACAAGGGGGCUCCCCCAGGGUGCCCGUUGGCACCACGGAAGGACAAAAGGCUCAGCAAAUAGGUCAAUGCAAUGCUGAUCUGUUAACUGAUGCAGAUGGUGACCUUGAGCCACCUCGCCGGCGUGGCCCUCCUGUGUCGUCUAUGAGCACUAGGGGCCCCCCUGGGGUCCGCGGGAAGGGAGAGGGUCCCAUCAAGCCACAGUGCUCCGCUGGGGGCCUCUCUUUAUUGAGACCCUCUACAGUAUUGUUGACCGACAUAGAGACAGCGGAGAUAUUAAAAAAUAAAAGGAAGGAGACACUUUUUAUUUUACAACAAUUGCCAAGAAAACUGCAAGAGGUCGGGAGGGGCCUCUGGCCAGCUGCCCUUUGUAUGGGGAGCUUCCUCCUCUCGAGGAGACAUCUCCUUAUGGGGCCCCCACCUUCUCUUUCUCAAGGGGCCCCCGCGAAACAGGACCUCUGCAGCGGGAAAGACGUAGCCGCCUGUCAGGAGGCCCCUUCAGGAUCGGGUUUCGGUGCCCCUACAGUGCCCUGCGACAAUGCCUCCGGGGGAGCUCCCGAGGGGCCCCAUCACAGGGCCCCCACACAGAACCCCAUGGGGGCCCCUACAACCAAUGCGUGCAAAAAACGAAAGGUCUUGAGAAUCCUUGAGCUCGGCAGCGGUGUUGGCCUAAUGGGGCCCCUCUUACGUCGGUUGCUGCUACAGGAGACCCUUAGAAGGGCAUCUGAGGGGGCCCCCCGUGAAGGGGGCCCCUCUGAAGAGGAUAUAGAUUUGCUAGUAGAGGUGUACUUGACAGACCUUGAUGAUGAUGCCCUGCAAAUAUGCGAAAAGACCCAACAACUGGACGAAGCUCUGCUGGGGGCCCCUAAAGCCAGUUGCUAUGGGGCCCACGGACUGUUGCAAGGGUCUUGUAGGGCCCCCACCAGCUUAGCAGAGGAAUUAAUUAAGGGAAGAGGUCAUGCAGGGGGCCCCAGGGGAUCCUGUCAAGUUAACGUGUUUGUAAGGAGACUCGAUUGGAGGACGGGGGGCCCCUGGGGGCCCAUCGACUCAAACAAGCUGCGCUCAACGAAGGAGGGAACUAAGUGCAGUACGGGGGGCCCCAGCCCCAACACCAAUGAUGGAAAGGGCCCUGAGAGGCCUGACGACACGGAGGGGCCCCCAACUGGGGGGCCCCAGAAGGGUCAGGGGGCCCCGGGUGGCGUCAAUAGAGACCGUUUUGAUUGGACAGAUGAAGAAAAGGAGACACUAAAACAAAGGGGGGCCCUCGAUGUCAUUCUUGCAUGCGAUGUUGUGUAUGACUUCGAGGCAAACAGCGAUUUAGCUGCCCUAUUGGAGACACUGCUGCAGCAGAACCCUUCUUGCUGCUGCUUGCUGGCGCACUGCAGGAGACUGGGGAUCGUCUGCCCUACAUCAUCUGUCCCUGUUGAUGUAUUUGCCGAGGAUUUCUGGGAUCGAUUCUGCUCGGUCGAUCCCGGAGUCGAUCCCACUGGCGAUCCCACACAGGAUCAAGCUCGCGAUUCAACAGAGGACUACCCCACACUCGAUCCUACAGACGAUCCCACUGAAGACUGCCGACGCCUCCAGCUAUACCUACACCCAGCGCCCCCUCUUGCUGUCACCUUCGCGGGGAUCGUAGAUCCCAAGCAUUUGCGCGCCACAGCAGCCCUUCUUGACGGGAGCCCCGCGAGAAGCGAGGGGAUCUUAGAAGGGAGCGCAUUGCCAAGAGAUGAGAAGGAGCUGCAUCUUAUCGAACAAGGAGAUAAUGCUGCGGCUGCUGCUGCUGCUGCAGCAACAGCCGCAGAAGAAGGGGAAGACAGCCGAUUCUCGCUGCGGCCAUGGGAGGUACAGGCGGCAGCGGCAAAGGGCGAGAUCUGGGAAGUGCGGCUAAAGAGGUCUGUCUUGAGGUAUCAACGGCAAUCACAAUGA